CCAAUCACAACGCUGCAUACGGAUCUGGUUGAGGUUCUUCGUGUGGCUGGCUCAUGCUAACCAUCAAUAAUCAUGGACAGCAGUGAAGACUAUUCUUUAAGUGAGAAAGAUGUUGUGAUUGAGGCUAAUUUGAGAGAUGAAUACUACUGGAAGCUUGUGGCAGAUUUCAUCGGUCCUCAGUCCGGGGAGGGAUUAGAUCUUGAUCAAGGGCCCUGCAGAAACAGAGUCUUAAUACAAGUGGGUCUUUUGCGGGAGGACAACAACUUUCCGUGGGUGUCUAUUGUUAAAUGGCUCAAAAAAAUAUUUCCUGCCCAUAAAACUGCUGAUUUUCGCCGACUGAUUGAAACAGGCAUCGCCACUACACUCAGUCUACUUGGAGAUUCCAGGCUAACUUUUCUUGAACUAGCUGUCAAUUUUGAUUUUGUAGGACCAAUUUGCGAUAGCAUUGGCAUUGAGCGCAAAGACCUCCUGGAGCUGAAGGAUUUUUCAGAGAGAGCACAAUUGAUAGAGGUUACAAAUGGUUUGGUCCUUGAAUUAGAUGACUUUGUCCAAAGGGAAAAUCUUGCUCCUAUUGUCAUAGUUCACUGGCUAAAAAACUUUGAUCCAAACUUUUGUAAGAAUGGAGAUUUUUCAAAAGUGCAUUCAGAGCUAAAGAUGAGGAUCAAAACGCUGAAAAUGUACUGCAAUAAUUCUGAAACUAAGAGCCGGAGAAAUAGAAGAUAUGUUGCAAAUGAAACUUUACUUCUAAGUCCAUUUGAUCUCAUUUCCUUUGAGGACUCACAAGAAGAGCCAAACCGGAGUCAACCGAUGGUCAAAAGACAUAAAAAAGAAGAGCAACCCGUUUUUAAAUCAGUUACAGUCAAAGAGGAGCCUGAAGAUUAUGAAAUCACAGAGGAGCAGAGAGUAGUGACAGAAUUCAAUAUCAAAACAAACGAGACAUAUAUGGAAAACAGUCAAGACCAAGACAAAGCUAAUGGUUUAACAAACAUAGGUUACUAUGAUGAAUCAUUAACGUUGCUCGACAUAGCAGUAGAAUCUGUCCACAAACUCUCAAGUGUCUAUGGUGGGAUCACAGAGCAAUGUCAAGGAGUGUGUCUCGAACUCCUUAAAAAUCAGUUCACACUUAUGCGCAAUGAGAAACCAGAAGUGGAUGAAUUUGAGAAAAGUUUGUCUGAAUACCCCUACAGGAUUUCACUCGGUACACCUGUAGAGUUUAUACAUCACAACGCGAACUUUAUCGUUGAAUUACAUCAGUUAGUGGAUGAGCAAAUUCUUAAUUUGGAAAUGGAGAUCACCCAGAAAACCGGGUCAAAACUCGGUAGAGAUAAAUUGCCAAAGUUUCAGAGUUUUGUAAAUUUCAAGGAAAGCGCCACUUCCCGCUACAUCCACAUGGCCUGCACUUUACUAAGUCCUAAGUCCUCGCACAAUACAACUUUUAGAAAACAUUGGGUUGCAUUUUGUAGCGAAAAGAGAAAUCCAUCAGAAUUGAUGGAAGAAUCAACUACCAGAAUCAGCAAUUACUUUGAAGCAUCGGCUGGUCUCAUUCACCAUUACAAAGAGAUGGGGCUGUUUUUCUCUGACAUGCUUGCUUUGGAAAGUGAUACAUCCCCAAAUAUUGUUCUAGAAAGCGUUGCCAAUGAUGCUAAUGAUACGAUAAUUCAGAGCUUUGUUUGUGUUUUGGCCUUGAUUUAUUGCAAAAUACUUGGCCCUUACAUGCAGCUCUUAAAAAGCGCCGCAACUUUCACCAUGUAUCCCUCCUACUUGCUUGGGCUGUAUCAAACGUUUCUGGAUUGGUCCAAAGAGCCGGCUACCCUACUCGAGCCUUACACCAAAACAAAUGUGUUUGCCCUGAUUCCUUUGUCAGAGAAAACUUACAGUGGUGUUUUCAGUUUCUGUGGUUACGGACCCACAAAUAGAGAGCUAAUCCGAGCCAGUUUGAAGAGAGUGGUGAAGGUGAUCACCACAGCUGCAGACAAGCACCUCAGGAAUUAUUUACCAGGAGGGAAAUAUUCACAAGUGCCAUCGCCGGAAUUGUGCCGUAAACUGUCAAGAUGCACUUUUUCAUCUUUGAUGGCGGAAAAUCCCUUUGGUCAAACAAAGGGGCAAGUUAACAGUGAAGGGUCCUCUGCUGGCUCUGAUGUUGAAGAUGACUAUACAAAAGGCUACUAUGCACAAGAAUAUAUUAAUGAUAGACACACAAAUAAUAAUAGUUUAAUAGGGGAUGUUGAAGACAAAACACAUUCUUUAAAAGGGCGGCGCCAAAUGCGUCUUCCAGAAAUCAUGGACAAAGAUUAUAUAAUUGAAACGGUUAAAAGGAAUGGAGGGCCGUGCAGAACGCGGGACGACCUGGAGAAAAUGAUGCUGCGCUUUGAGAGGAUGAGCCGAGCCGAGAGGAUCGAGUGCAUGCGCUGUGAAGUCCUCUAUCAAAAGAUGAUCCUGAACAACACAAGCCCAUAUCUGAAUGACACACAGGGAGGCGCUACUACAAUUGCAGCUAGACUGAAGAUGGCACUGCCACGCGUUAGACCUGGGUUCUCACUCGUCUUAGCCCCAAAACGGACAUAUCCAAAAUAUACCAAACAGAAAGACAGUGAGGUGCAGCAGGCAGCAGCGAAUGUUGAGCCACCACAAUAGAUGCAUAUCUGUUUUAGUAGUAGUAGUUUCAAUAACACUAAAUAUUUCAACAUAUUUUUGAUUUGCAUUAUAAAUUUUGUCACAAAUUACAAUGAUCAAACAACACAUUUAUUAUGUCUGAAAUAAACAUUUUAUUAUAUGUAUAUAAUACAUAUACAUAUUUGCUAUCAACUUUGCACUUUUCAGUUGAACUGCAAAAAUCAAUAGCAUCUUCAAUUUCCAUUUCAGUGGUAUAGUACUGUUGUGAUAGCAGAAGAUUCUAAUUGUGACCUUUGUAACUAAGUGCACAUGUUCAAUGAUAUGCAACUACAUGUUACAUCAUGUACAUAACAUGUUUUUACAUCUGCUUUGCACCUGCCUUGCCUCAUGGUGAUGAAUCAGUAUUUCUGUAGAUUCAUUAAAACAUUUGUUGCUGUAUUUCAU